AUGGCCUCUCCGAGGCCGGGACUCGUGAGGUCAUGGCAGCCAUCGACGUUUUCGUGUCGCCCGUCGACAAUGAGCCGCUCAAGGUCGUCCUGCAGCAAGGUGCUAUGCCCGUCCUAUGCACGGCGCGUCGCUACACCCCCACAUUCUGUGGCCGUGUGGCUCGACCACGAAUUGGCCGUCGCCAACCGGGACUCGCACUGUGCCUCGGCGCCGCGUGUCUUGUCCAAGAACAACGGCGAGCUGCGCCUCACAGUGGACAUACCUAGCGUGAACGCUUUCACUCUCUCGCUGGUGUGGCCGAUACCCAUCCUCGAUGUCGUCAUGUCUCGGUUGUCGGGGAAGACGAUGCCCUUCUUCGGCCACGGGGGCGAAGGCUGGGUCAAUGACGUCCUGGGCAGCGCCACCGACGAGCUCAGACUCAUCGACCUCUUCAAGUUCCUCCUCGCCCAGUGCGGCCAGUACGGAUUGGAAUUGCACCCAGGGAAGCGUACAUUCUAUGCCACAGAGGUGGUGUGGUGCGGUCGCCGGGUCAGUGCUGCCGGCAUAAGCCGCGACUGCGAGCGUAUCGCGGGUCUCUCGACGCCGAAGGCGGCGAACCAAUUGCAACAAUUUAUCUGUGCGUUGAACUGGCGUGCGCACGGCCGCGGGCACGUGCAAGAAGACGCGUCUCGCUUCGGUGGCGCUCGCGGAUAA